CAACGGGUGACCUGUGACUUUUCAAAAUUCUGCCACUACACUUCAACUGAGAUGUCGGGUAACGAUAAUAUAGAUGAGGCGCAUUCUCUGUCUGAAUCAGAAGCUCAGGAUGUCCAGCACUUAAGGGAAAUCGCUGGUGGUAUAGGUUACUUGGAUGCACUAAAGCUUUUAGAGGAAAGCUCUUGGAACUUAGAGGUGUGUCUUGAAAGUUAAUAAUAAGUUUUCAGCGUGCUGUGCAUAAAUUAAUGGGAUUUGAAGACUCUGGUUUAAGACAGCGAAGUACUACUUCACGCAUUUCGUCCGUACCACAGGUUGAGUUAACUCCUCCCAAUCAGCGGAUACUGAGGUCAAGAGAUAGCACUCAUAGUUGGUGGUGGUCUACUGCUUUGUUUUUAUUCGAACCUAUUCGAUUGGGUUGUAGCUUGCUCUUUGGAAUCGUGAAAUUUUUCACUUCAUUCCUUUGGUCUGAUCCUCGAAAUCAGGUUACAGAUCCUGUCGGUGAUGUAAGAAAUUUUAUCCAGCACUUCAAAGAAACCUACGGAUCUGUGAAUACUAGUUUUGACGUUGAUGGUAAUUCAAAUCCAACUGAAAGUUCUACUUCUGAUUCAUUUCCACCUUUCUUCGAGGGAACUUAUGCUGAUGCUGUUCAAGAAGCUAAACAAAGUUUACGAUUUCUGAUUGUUUAUUUACAUGGAGAUUCACAUGAAGAUACUCAUCGGUUUUGCAAAGAUAUUCUUCAGUCGGAAGAUGUUUUACGGUUUCUUAGAAAUUCCAAUGAAUUACUAUUUUGGGGUUGUAAUAUUGAGUCUCCUGAAGGUUAUCGUGUAUCACGAACUCUUCGAGAGCAUACAUAUCCGUUCAUUGGAGUUAUUGGCUUGACUAAUAUACCAAUUUCGGAAAGUGGGGUCUAUUCCGGAAGUAGUACACGAAUGGCGUUACUAGGGCGUAUAGAAGGUGUACUAGAACCAUCAGAACUUGUUGAUCAGUUGAAUAGUAUACUGAAUGAACAUCAAACAGCUAUAAUAACAGCUCGAUUAGACCGGAGUGAACGAGAAAUGAAUGCUCAAUUGAGGCGUGAGCAAGACUUAGCUUAUGAGGCAUCACUUGCUGAGGAUCGAGCUAAAGUGGCUGCUCGAGAGGCACAGCAACGAAGUGCUGCUUUAGUAGCAGAACAGCAAGCCAAAGAUGCAAAACGAAAGGAGGAUCUAAAAAAAGCCCACAUUAAUCGCAAACGUAUAUGGCAAAAUAGGUUACCACCACCACCUAAGUUUGAAGAGGGGUCUACAGUACAGUUAUCAUUCAAAAUGCCACGUGGUUCCAGAGUUUCUCGCGUCUUCAACUUGAACGAUUCUAUCAAGCUGCUCUACUAUUUUAUAUUAUCUCAGGAUGAUUCACCAACAGAAUUCGAGGUGCAAUCCAAUUUUCCUAAACGUAUUAUACCAUGUCAACCAUUUGAAGAAUCUGAUGUGGAAGAUUACAUAGAUACUCCUGACAAUAAGAUGGAUUGUGAUGAGCCUGAAGUGAUUACAGACUGGUCCCGUAAAUGUCAGAAUGAUCCACCAUCAUUUUUUGAUAUUGAUUUGACAAGACCAGAAAUGUUGUUUGUUCUCAACAAAGAUGCAUGAUAUUAUGGAGUUUUGAGCUUCCUACCCUUCCAACACCAACGUAGGUAUUUCUUUAUGGAUAAAGCUGUCCCAUUGUUAAAUAAGUUCAUGUAUUAUGUUUUUGAUGUAGUAUUAUGUCCUCCAAGUACGUACAAUAAUAAUAGUAAUAUUAUUAUUAUAAAUGACUUAAGCAGUCAGGAUUUCAUUUCCUUAUACAGUUAUUCAAAUGUAUUUUUCUCCGAUUAUUUUAUUCAUACACUUAUCAUUUUGUUACUCUGGUCUCACUAUACAACAUGACACAUAUUUUGCUUGUAAUAAUUCCCAUUAGCAUAUAACAUUCCUUAUGCACAUUUGUGGUUUCUCAUGAAGACAGACUCCCAACCGUUGACCUGUUGUAACAUGUUUAUCCGCUUCAAUAUUUUUGUGAGCUGUUUCGAGGUAAUAUUGAAGUUCACUUUUGGAAAUUAUGUGAUUACUUGUAUGAAAAGUCUUUCCCCAUGUGUUGUUUUUUCAAAUAUGCACACGAAUUUCGUGCAAAUUAGUUCAACUGACACUGUUUUUAUUACUAUAAUGACGAUAAUCACUUGUAUUUUAUUUGUGUACAGUACAAGCAUUGAAUUGCUUUUAUUUCUUAUUCGUCGACUUUUUGUAAAGUGGAUUUCUACCUUUUGGUUUUAAUUCAUUCUAUGUAAAUUAGUACUUUAUGGUAACCUGUCAUUUAAUCGUCAGUCGUUUCCUUUCAUGCAGUCUUUAUACGCAGUUUUCCAAUCACUACCAUUCUAGGAUUUCAAAACGUAUUAAUUAAGACAUAUCGUAGAUAACAUGUAUAGUCACUUUAUAUUGGUGAAAUGAAAUUCAACUUGUCUGUUUAGAACUGUUUUUAUAGUCAUGCAUUAUACGUUAUUUUGCCAAUAUAGCCUUGUUACGCGAAAAUUAAUAAUGUUAAGCAGCAACCGAACCAGCCACCCAUUUGCUUAAUGUUUAAUGCUUAAAUCACUGACAUCUGUUGAAGAUUAUCAUUGAACCCUAUGAGAUCUGGUAAUUGUCUCUUGUUUAUUUA